AUGCUGUUUCGGGACACCGCGAGCUGUGCACACUCCUCCGAGGGCUCGGAGGACUACCCUUCCAGCGGCGGCAGCUUGGCGAGCUCUGAGUCGUGCGCCACACGCGCCUUUGAGAACCGAAUGAAGCUUAUUUUUGACUCGGGCCCCGUGCUGGACUUUGAGGCGCAGGAGGGCAGGGACCGGCUGGAUGACGCGGGGCCUAGGAAGGAGGGUACCGCCCAAGAGAAGGGAGGAGUAGCGUGCAGUUUUGCUGACGGGGCGAGUGAUGGGCGGGAGUCAGUUUUAAAUGCUGAAGAUGAGGCGUAUCUGGGUUUGCUGAUGCAGGGAAUAGACAAAAUGGUGCUACUUGACACGGAGUUCUACCAGUACCCAACACCGGAUUACUUUAAGGCGCACCCUCCCAGGCGGAACCUGACGGAUGACCAGACAUCUGAGGGCGGCAUCUCCUCAAGUCAUCAUCAUGGCACCAAAAUGUUUAUUGGGGGCUUACGCUUUGAGGUGGUUCAUGUAGGUAGACAUAUGAUUGGCUGGAUUUUUGAAGUUGCCUGUGGAGUGCGGCUGCCGUCUAGUUCCAUUCUUGUGCAUCGCAAGGCAAAAGGAGGAAGGAGUGGCGCGCCAACUGGAUGCGCCUCGGUGUUUGUGUCUAGUGAAGAAGAGGUGGAACGGCUUUUGGCCAUGAAUCAACGCCUUUUUUGUGCAGAAAAGGGUGUUUACGUGGCACCUUCCGCGGAGCGUAUGGCGGAGCUUAUUGCCUCCAAAGCCAUCCUCGACGUCACGGAGGGGCGGGCGCGAGGGCCGACGCACCCAGUCAUUAUUGAGCGGGCCUACGGUAAUGCGGGCCACCAUGGAGCACGUAGUAGCGCAAGCGCCUCAAUGCAGCAGGAAAAUGUGUUGUCAGGUCCCCCACCACCGUAUGACGCAGUGCUGUUAGGCCCACGGUCGGGGUCGACGUCUUUGCCGUCGUGUAGUAACGCCUCAUCGCUGCGCAGCAGUUUGUCCGUUCCUCUAGGUCCAGGCUCUCUAACUGGGGGUGGCGACCAACCGGGCAGAACACGGCUGCUAACACCUGCGAAUGAGCCCAUUUACCACCUGUAUCCUGGCACCGCGGAGGUAAGCAAGCUGCUGCCAGCGACUUCCGCCGCAUUGCAGCGGGCUGUUUCUCUCUUUGUUGGAGGUUUUUCGGCCGAAACUGAUCAAGAGUUUGUGGCAUGGGUUUUCUCAUUGAUGAGUGUCCCGGUGCAUCCCUCCAACGUCUCGCAUUACGUGGAUUCGCAGUCCGGGGAGAGGGCGGGCUGCGUGCUUGUGCGGGUGGAGGAGCAGGAUGUGUCCAAGGCGUUAUCAUGGAACAAGCGCGUGGUGUGCGAUGCACGCGGCGUCUACUUCGCAUCAUCGCAGCGCGCGGUGGUUGCGCUGUUGGCCGCCCGCGACAAGGCCGCCGGGCCAGCGCGGCCACUUGCAAUCAAGCGAAAGGACGGCGCUCGCGGUGUGCCCAAAGCGACGGUCCCCGGCUCGAUGGCACCUCCACCGCCAUUUCCGGUCAUGUGGGACUCUGCGCAGCCGUCACCGGCGACGUGGCAGCGGACCGGCUCGCCGCCGGUGGCCCCACCUCCACCGUACAUGCAAAGCGUCAUCAUUGGCAAUCAGACGUACCAGCUGCCGCCGGGGGCGAGCAUUCAGCUGCAGGUUGUGCCGGUCAUCACGGCGCCGAAUAUGUCAACGGCACCGGUGCCGCUGCAGUCGCCGGCGCUGUCAAUGUACCAGCCGAUGCCUCCCCCGCCGCCACCGCCGCUGCGGUAG